AUGAAGGCAACAGAUAGUAAUAAAGAUGCUCAUUUCAUUGCCUAUGUUAGAUUUUGUGAUGAUUUGUCAGCAGUAGUAGAAGAAUUACUUUUCUGCAAACCAAUAGAACUCAAAGCAACAGCACUCGCAUUAUUUGCUAUCUUAAAUGAUUUUAUGAACGAGGCAAACAUAGAAUGGAAAAAUUGCGUCGGAAUAUGCACCGAUGGUGCUCGUUCUAUGUCCGGAAGAUUCCAAAAUAUUCACGCUCUUGUGAAACAAAAAUCGCCACAGUGUGCCUGGACACAUUGCAUGAUCCACAGAGAAGCUUUGUCUUCCAAAGAAAUGAGUCCUGGUUUGAAUAUUGUGUUAACUACGGUUGUAACCGUAGUAAAUUAUAUAAAAAUGAGACCCUUGAAAUCAAGAAUCUUUUCCCCACUUUUUAAAGACAUGGGUGCAGUACAUUCAGCGUUACUAUUUUAUUGCAAGGCAAGAUGGUUAUCACGAGGGAAAUUUUUGCAAUGUGUUUAUGAAUUAAGAGAAGAAAUCGCCGUUUUCCUAAAAGAGGAAAACAGACCGGAAGCAGAGAAUUUUCGCGAUAGUUUAUUUGUGAUGAAAUUGAGCUACAUGGUCGACAUAUUCGAGAAAUUAAAUAACUUGAAUAUUCAACUGCAAGAAUCAAAUACACAUAUAUUGGAUACGAGUGAUAAAGUUAAUGCUUUUUGUAGGAAUUUGGAAUUGUGGAGCAGAAAUUUAAAGCAAGAAAAACUUAACAAUUUUUGCAAAUUUGAAUGA